AUUCGCCGGAAUAUUCUUUUAGUACCUUCCUUUAACGCAAGUUUCACAAAAUCAUCUCCACUUUUGCCGCCGCCGCCUUCGUCAUCUCUACCAAUUGUCCCGGAUUCUCCUUCGAAACCCGUUUCAAAUCCGCUUUACAAUUUUCUUCCCCCAACCCAGAACCCCGACAAUUUAGUCAACCUAAUUUGCUCAAACCUUAAACAGCAAAGUUUCCGCCUUUAUCUUCUUCAGAAUGAUAUCAAAGAUAUUCUUCCACAUAUGGGUGCCCGUGAAAUUUCAAAGAUUUUGCUGAGAUGCCAAUCUGACUGCUCUUCGGCUCUCACUUUUUUCAAUUGGGUUAAGAAUGACUUGCGCAUCAGACUUACCGUUCACAACUAUUGUUUAAUUGUUCAUAUACUUACUUGGUCGCGAAUGUUCCCACAGGCCAUGAAACUGUUGUCAGAAUUAAUACGUUUAGUUGAGGAAGUUUCUCCAAAUGAGGAUAUAUUUCAAGAUCUUCUUAUGUGUACUGAGGAUUGUAAUUGGAGUCCUCUUAUCUUUGAUAUGCUCACCAAGGCUUAUGUUAAGGUGGGUAUGGUUGAGAAGGGGUUAGGAACUUUCAGAAAAACCAUAGAGGCUGGUUUUGUCCCUAGUGUCAUAGUCUGCAAUUGCCUGUUAAAUGGGUUAUCCAAAUUUAAUUAUACUGGUCACUGUUGGGAAGUAUAUGAGGAAAUGGGAAGACUUGGGAUACAUAGGAAUGGUCACACCUUCAACAUUUUGACCCAUGUUUUGUGCAAAAUUGGAGAUACCAAUAAGGUGAAUGGAUUCCUGGAGAAGAUGGAGGAAGAGGGAUUUGAACCUGACUUGGUCACAUAUAACACGCUGGUUAAUAGCUAUUGCAGACAAGGAAGGUUGGAAGAAGCAUUCCAUCUGUACAAGAUCAUGUACAGGCGGGGUGUGAUGCCUGAUUUGAUUACAUAUACAGCCUUGAUGAAUGGUCUCAGUCGGGAGGGGAAGAUCAGGGAAGCUCAUCAACUUUUCCAUAGGAUGGUUGACAGAGGGCUAAAUCCAGACAUUGUGUCAUAUAAUACUCUCAUAUUUGGUUACUGUAAAGAAGGUAAGAUGCAAAUAUCUAGAUCUCUGUUGUAUGAAAUGAUUGGAAAUGGGAUUUACCCAGACAGUUUCACUUCUAGGCUUAUUGUUGAAGGAUAUGCAAGAGAUGGAAAACUGCUUGCAGCAUUGAAUUUGAUUGUGGAGCUUCAGAGGUUUAGAAUUAAGAUUCCUAGUGACAUAUUUGAUUUUCUUAUUAUCGCAUUGUGUCAAGAAGGUCGGCCCUUUGCUGCUAGAAAUCUUUUAGAAAGAAUCUCUUAUAAUGGUUAUGUGCUAGAGAAGGCUACAUACAAUCGAAUUAUUGAAUCCCUAUGUAUGGCUGAUAAUGUGGAGGAUGCAGUACUGUUAAAAUCUGAGAUGAUAAAUAAGAAUAUGAAGCCAAAUCUUACAGCAUAUAGAUCUAUUAUAAUCUGUCUGUGCAGAAAAAACAGGACUUGGGAAGCUGAAGAGUUGUUGGAAGAAAUGGCUAAAAUGGGUUUUCUACCUGAUAAAGAAAUAUGCAGGGCGCUAAUCAAUAGUUGUUGCAAGGAAAAGAAUGUUGAUAAAGCAGAGUCAUUACUGAAAUUCUUUGCCAAGGAGUUUCAAGUUUAUGAUAAUGAAAGCUACAAUGCAAUUGUUGAAGUCUUUUCCGAUGCUGGUCAAUUGACUGAGUUGAUGGAGCUUCAAGAUAGGCUGCAAAAUGUGGGAUAUGCUCCAAAUAGUUUAACAUUCAAGUAUAUGAUCCAUGGACUGCAGAAAGUUGUGAAACAGGAAAAUGGAAAGUCGAGGCACCACAACCUUCAAGUAUAUCAUAAUGUUGAAAUAUAGAUUCCCCAUACAACUUCUAAGCCACCCAAUGACCUGAUGCAAGGCAUUCUUGACUCUUAACUAAAAUGAUCAAUGAUGCACGGAGAUCAGAUCAGCACUCUGUGGAGGGACAUUCCUUGUAUGGCCUUCUAAAUAUGGUUACUACAUGAGCCAAACUAGAAACACCUGAUCUGGUCACACUCAGGAACUUUGAAAUUUGAAUCAUGAACUGGAGUCUAUAUGUUGAGGACUAGGGAGACUUGAUAGCUUGCAGCAAAUCACUGCAGAGUCACUGUGUGUCAACCAAAUUUUUUCACGUUCCAACUUUUCUGACUGAUUGACCUGGAAAAAAAAAACACUUUCCUGACUGACCAAAAAAAAAACUUUGGGACGAGAAGGAAGAGAGAAAGAAGGUGAAAGAUAAUUUGAACUGCCUGGUAUAACUUCUCCAUUUCAUGCUAGUGAAUAAGGCUGAAAGACCGAAGCUUGGCGUUUUGUUCUACGUUCAACAUGUUUCAUCAAUUAACAAGGUAAAAGCGACGUCAGCGACAAUAACGAUGUCCAGAUGGUUUGACCGAAAAGAAAAAAGAACAACGAUGUCCGGAUGGAUUCUCGUGGAAGGAGAAAAAAAGACAUCAAAGCUAAUGUGACAUGCGAGGGAAGCCAAAACCGCUAAUUGUAAUGAUCAUGUUAAAGUAAGAUUCGAUGGUCGUGGCUCAACGUCAAAAGAGGGUUUAGUUUAUGGGAGAAAUUUUCGGCUAGAUGCUUUUCCCCCUAAAUUUCUGAGUUAAAGAGAUGAUGGCCCGUUAAUUUCUGCAAAUGGACCCGUCUUAUUCCUGGAAGAUCAUAGAAAAUAUAGAGAUAGAACCUCAGCUAUGAAACUCAGAAAAACAUGAGGGAGUUGGUCAUUAUAGGGAUAAUGUAAUUUAGUCACUUGAUUUUGAA